UCCCAAACCCUAACUCCCACUCCCCCGAUUCAGAUCGAAUCGAUGGCGGCGCCGCACUCCCUUCCACCGCCGCUUCCCACGAUCCAGAUCCCUUUUGCCGCCGCCACUCCACUCCCGAUCCAGACCCCCUUGCUGUCGCCUCCCUCUUUGCCACACCUCUCCCCUCGCGGCCGCCUCCCUCUCCGCCACCCACCUCUCCCCUCGCCGCUAGUCUGCCACAUCCGGCAACAUUGAGGCCAGCGGGCGCUGGAUCCGGCACCAGCGUGGCCCCUCCAUCAGCAACUCGAACAGGGUGUCGGCGGCGCCAUGGCUUCCCCCAACCCCACGACGUGGGCCUGAGCCACCCGCUGGCCUCAGCUAGGCCCCGGACAAGCAGCCGCGCGGGAUGACGACCAUCAUCGACACCCUCCAGAUGAUGUCGGAGGCGGCUCCCGGUGGACUGGAGCGGACAGAGUGGUUGGAGGUCGUCGCGCUCGGCGAUGUGGUGUCCAGGCAGGCCACCGUCACUGGGAUGGUCUGGAGCGGAGACUUGCCUGGUGUGGAAACGCUCAAGGAGAACAUUGCUGCGUAUUUCAAUGCCCUGCAGGGUUUCCUUUUGGCCUAUCAUGGAAGCACGAUCGGUGCCGGUCCUACGCUUCACAAGUAUAUCACUAGUUCUGCAAAAGGCGUGGUGGAUGCCAGCUUCUCGUUGUUCAAGCUAGCUGUUUCCGCCUAUGUAUCGGCGACAACAAGAAGGCCUGGAAGAGCGAACACUGCAGGGCACUGAAGAUAAAGCUUACAGAAAGAAAUAAAGAUGGUCAUAUUCUCACAUACUCCUGGAUUUCAUUUACAUCAACUUCUCAAGAGAGGAGUACUCCUUUUUAGUAGUCUCAGUUUAAAGUAAAUUAAAUGAAAGGAGUACUCCUUUUCAGUUGUCUCAGUUUAAAGUGAAUGAAAGGAGUACUUGCUCCCUGUACUAGUUACUUCUACUACUUAUUUUUUAGUUGUUUAGUACUACUCUGUUGAUCUGUGAUACUAGUCUAGUCGCUUGUAUAAUUUUGUUUAUUAGUGUAACCUAAACCAUGGAGUAGUACCCUGUUCGCAUAUGUGUGAUUAUGUGUGUUUUGUAGUCUCUAGCUCCAGUACAUGUGAAAUAUAUGUUGUGGUGUAAAUCAUUUUCAUUCUAUCUUAUAAACGUGUUUCUUCAAUAGCUAUUUCUGUUCAAUUCUUGUUAUCACUGAUGUUAGCAUUUAGUUUGUCUCAAGUUAAAAAAAUACUGAAAAUACAGUGUACAAAUCAGCCCAAAUAUGUGAGCCUCGGUUCUGAAAACUAAAGAGUUCAUAUAUUGGUAGAUAGACUGUGAUUUAGGAUAUGCUAAACAGAAAGCUUUAUAAGAUGGAACUCUCAAUAUCAUGACUUCGCUUUGUCUUUAAUUUAAUAUGGUUAGAACUACCAUGGUUUUUUAAGUAGUUGGGGCAUUAAGAAACAGUAUGCUGGAUGUUUGGCCUUGCAUCCGUCCUUCCAUGAAUUCAUGCUUGUGCAUUGCUAGUUAUUGCUUUUUUUCAGGUCUUCUUCUUCCUCGAUCUGGUGCAGCAGCAACAAUUCAAGGUCAUGGUCAUGGAGCAGUAGCCAUAUAUUUUUCUUUUUCUUAUUCUUCCCUGAGAUGACAUGAGAUGAGGCUUUGUUGGUCGGUCUUCAAUUCUUCAUGCUGCUGCUGCUACUGCUACAUGAGGACCCUCUUCAAUUCUGCAUCCGUUGCGUCCGUCGCAGCUUCCACCUCCAGAAGAGCACCUGCUCCUCGUGCGGUUACCCAGCCGUGCGGUUACCCGGCCGCCCGCAUCCGCAAGUGUGAAGCGCGAAUCUAUGUCCGAAGCUGUGAAGAAUAUCAGCAGAGAGUAGCAUAUUAUGUGUUGUAGUUGUAGGCAAUAGUAGGCAUAUCUGGGUUGUAAUAUACUGUAACGAUCGUAAUAGAUUAAUGCAGUAUUGGUUUGGACCAAUUUCAUUUGCUCUCUGGUCUAUUCGAAACAAUGAUUGUGUAUGUGCUUUGAAUACCCGUGAAAUGGAAACCUGACAAGUUAUAAUGGUUGUUUGA